AUGCAUGAAAUCGUGUUUUGGAAAGGGAUGGGUCACCCAGUACUCGUCACACCCAUCACCUUCACCACUCCCCACUCAACUUCAAUGAUGCAUUAUUCGCUAAUCCUACCACUUAUCACAGCCCUGGCAGCCAUAAACGCAGCGACAGCUACCAGCUAUGACUAUAUCAUCGUCGGUGGCGGCACGGCGGGCCUAACGGUCGCCAACCGCCUGUCGGAAGAUCCAGCAGUCUCUGUCCUCGUCAUCGAACCUGGACAAAUCGAGCUCAACAACCCCAAUGUCACGGAUAUAACGCGUCUAGCCUAUACCUACGAUAGCCCGCUAGACUGGGCAUACCAGACUACCGAACAGAAAUUCGGCAACCGCCGCCAGGUGAUGCGUGCCGGAAGGACGCUCGGAGGCACAAGUGUGAUGAAUGGUGCCGCUUACGCCCGCGCGGAACGCGCUCAGAUCGACGCCCUUCAGGCCCUCGGGAACAAUAACUGGACCUGGGAUAAUCUUUUCCCCUACUACCUCAAGAGCGAAAAAGUCCAACCUCCGAACAGCAGGCAGAGUGCCGCCGGUGCGUCGAUUAUCCCGGAGUACCACGGGCAGAACGGGCCCGUGCAGGUCGGUUUUAUGGACCUUACGCCUCAGGAUGAUCAAGGGGUUGAUCUCACGGCGGCUCUCAACCGCACACUUGCUUCCCUUGGGGUAGGUUGGAACCGGGACCUAAACACUGGGUCAAUGGGGGGAUUUGCGAUGCAUCCGUAUACUGUGGAUGCCCAAGGUGUGCGCAGUGAUGCAGCAAGGGCCUAUUACACAGAUAUGAGGGCAAGGAGAAGCAAUCUUCAUGUUAUGCUGAACGCGUCUAUUUCAAGAAUUCGAUGGCAAGAGGCCGAAAACGAGGAAGGUUCUCUUGCUGCUGAGACUGUUGAAGUUAACGACGGGAUUGGAAGUCGAGUGGUUCAAGCCACGCGAGAGGUGAUUCUGGCCGCCGGCGCAAUGCGGUCCGCCGGGAUCUUGGAGCUCUCAGGAGUUGGAAAUCCACAAAUUCUCCAGAAGCAUGGCAUUCCGAUACAGAUCGAUCUUCCCAGCGUUGGGGAGAACCUGCAGGAUCAACUCAACACCUCCUUCGUUGUGUCCACCAGGUCACCAAUAACCGGCACACGAACCGUAGCCUUCGUAUCUGCCUCAGACCUUUUCGGCCGCUCUACUGAGUCCAUCGCGGCCUCUCUUCUCUCCUCGAUCCCACAUUACGCGGAGAUGACAGCGAAACAGACCAGCGGAGCCAUGACUAAGGAAGCUCUACAAUUGCUUUAUACAAGCCAGCACGAUCUUAUUUUCAACAAAGGGAUCCCAAUUGGGGAGUUCGUGUUUAUUCUCGAUAACCCAAAUCAGAUCCAUGUCGGAUACUGGGGCCUUCUUCCGUUCUCCCGUGGGAAUGUCCACAUUUCCUCGUCGGAUGUGGCGGUUCUCCCAAGGUUGAAUCUGAAUUAUGGCAUGCUAGAUUGGGAUAUCCAGGUCCAAAUCGCGAUGUCCAAGUUUCUCCGCAGAGUUUUCCAAACUGGCGAGUUGAACGAGCUGAUCGAGGAGGAACUAGUACCUGGUUUCGCAAACAUUCCGGCCGAUGCGGACGAUGAUAUCUGGAAAGAUUGGAUUGCGGAGCAGUACACUCCAAACUAUCAUGCUGUUGGGAGUACAUCGAUGCUACCGAGGGAGAUGGGUGGAGUACUAAACAGCCGAUUCAAAGUUUACGGUACUCGAAACGUCCGCGUCGUGGAUUCUUCCAUCCUACCCGUCCAGCUCUGCGGGCAUCCCACAGCCAACAUCUACGCGAUCGCGGAGUGGGCUGCAGACAUGAUCAAGGAAGAUCGACUCUUUUCUGACAUGCGAAGAACCGGGCUUUAGAUACAAGACAUGAUUUGGAACCAUAGAUCCUGAGUGAAUCAGUCACCCUUCAGGGGUAGAAUCCGGGAGAUGAAGCACGG